AAGUCUAUGAACAAUUGCAAGAAUGGGAAAUAAUCCUUAAUAAAGAACAAAAUCAAUUAAAUGAAGAACAAAUUAAGAUAAAAAAUAAAUUUUUAGAAGCAGAUAAAAUUAUUCCCACAUUAUUAACAACUUCACACAAAAAUCAAGACGCUAUUAAUGCUUGUCAACCUAUUAGCGAACUUGAUAUUUCAGAGACAUCUGAGCUAAUAGAUACUCCAG